CGCUAACUCAACUGUUUGGGGUUGGUGGUAUUCUUCGUUGUUAAGAUGACGACUCUUGUUGAUGCGAUACAGAGGAAACAGGAAAAGUUGACUGAAAGCCAUAUUUUAGUUGGUCACAUUCAAAAAGCAUGUAAUCGUGACGGAGUGAAUAUCUUAUUUCCUACUCGGACAUUAACGAUGGACUGUCAAGAUAUAAAGAGUAUUGGUUGCAAGGAUGGGUUAUUAAAAGCGGCUGAGCAUGUAAGGGAGUUAGAUUUGGCAUGUAACCGGUUAUCUUCUUUUGAAGAGGUAUUUAAACUACUUUGUUGGCUUGAAAAGCUUGAAUCAUUAAAUUUAAGUCAAAAUCCUUUAGGUUAUCAUAUUUCAUCAGAUAAUCACUCGUCUAAUUCAUCUUUUGAUGAAGAUACCAUUCAUUUGUUAUCUAAUGAAGGAGAAGAAAAUAUUCAACCUAUGAAGAAUAAUAGUUCUGAAUUAUCAAUUGAAAAUCAAAAUUAUCAUUUUUUCAAUAAAUUAUCAUCAACAUCCUCAUCAUCAUCAACAACAACAUCAUCAUUCAAAUCGACUAAAAUACUUCAAUCGACGAAACACAAUGCAAAUGAUUUUUCACCAACUUUUCAUAGUGAUUCAAUGGAAACAAUAAAAUUAUCUCAUCAUUUAAAUGGUAAUGAUAGUAGUGUUGGUUGUUGUAAUGGCUAUUCUAAACAAACAAUAGAGAAUGAAUCAUCUACUAUAAAAAUGCUACCAAAGCAUCUAUCAACUCCAUCUGAAUUAGCUUUGAAUUCUGGUAUUAUAACUCCGACAACAUUAUUUCCUUGUUUAAGUGUUUUGGCAUUAAAUUCAACAUAUAUACCAUGGCAUUGGGUUAUUGAUCUGUUACAUAGAUUACCAAAUCUAACUGAUUUACACGUUGCACGUAAUAAUUACGGUGCAGAUGAACAGAUUGAUGAAACAUUUUCCUAUCAUCAUCAUUCUCAUCCCAAUAAUAAUAAUAAUAAUAAUAUUGACAAUGAUGAUAACAAUAAUAAUAAUGAUAAUAAUAAUCAUAUUUAUCCUACAUCAUCAUUAUCAAUAUUUCCUCAUUUACAUAGUUUAUAUUAUAGUGAUAAUGGUAUAUCAAAUUGGUGGACAAUAUGUCGUUUGUGUAAACAUUUCCCUGGAUUAGAACAAUUAAUUUUACUAGGUAAUCCUAUUGAACAUAUACCAUUUCCAGAAGAGGCUUUACAUACAUCUUCACAAACUACUACUACUACCACCACUACUCAUACUACUCAUACUACUAAUAACAAUAAUAAUGACAAUAAUAAUAAUAAUAAUAAUAAUAAUCCUGAUAAACAUACAUCAUCGAAUCAACAGCACCAGCAGCAUGAUUAUCAAUGUAUAUUUCAAAAUGUGCAUACAUUAGGUUUAUCAGAAACAUUAAUCAAUCAAUGGGAAAGUAUUGAUGCUUUAAAUGAAUGGAUGCCAAGUUUAACAAAUUUACGAUUAGGCAAUAAUCUACCGGUAUUUCAAUCUUGGAUAGAACCGGAUUGUCGAGCUCAUGUAAUUGCCAGAUUACCAAAACUCACAACAUACAAUCGAAGUGUUAUUGAUUCGGAAGAACGUGAAAGUGCUGAACGAGAAUUUGUUCGAUAUUAUGGUCAAAUUGAUCCAGAUCAACGUCCUAAACGUUAUUGGGCACUGGAACGUCAACAUGGUCGACUUCAACCAUUAGCCAAUAUUGAUUUAUCACCAAAACAACAUAUCCGUGUACGUGUUACAAUGUCAGGAAAAGAAAUUUGUUAUAAUUUAAAUGUUAAUUUAAAAGUAGCUCAAGCUAAACGUCAUUUCUGUCAACUAUUCAAUAUAACUAAUCAAAAUGAAAUGAAACGUUGUAAAUUAUUUUAUUUUGAUCAAGUUAUGUCACAAAUUCAAGGUCCAGAAGAAUUAAAAUAUCCAAAUCGUAAUUUAUAUUCAUAUCAAAUUGAACCAGGUGAUUUAUUCGAAUUAAUUAGAUAUCCAGAUUAUCGAUGA